GUGCUGCCGGCGGCCGCGAAGCGCAGCGGUGCCGGGGCCCGCACGUCGGGGCGGCGCGGCGGUGGCCGGUGUGGCGGUGGCCGGUGUGGCGGUGAUCGGUGUGGCGGUGGCCGGUGUGGCGGUGGCCGGUGUGGCGGUGAUCGGUGUGGCGGUGGCCGGUGUGGCGGCGAUGGGCGGCACGGCGCUGUCGGGAGCGCUGUGGCUGGGGCUGCUGUGGGCCGGGAGCGGGGCCGGGGGCAGCUGCCAGGGAAAGUGCUGCCAGGGCCGGGAUGCCGCCUGCGUCGGCGAGGGAUGGAGGGAGGGAGGUGGCUACGGGACCUGCUACUGCGACGGAGGCUGCCGGCGAGCCGGGGACUGCUGCCACGACCACGGCCAGGCGUGCCCGGCUAUUCCCUGUGUUGUGGGGGAGUGGAGUCAUUGGAGUGGCUGUGCAGAACAGUGUCAUCCCGGGCUGCGGGUCCGUAGGCGCUACAUACAACAGGAACCUAAAAACGGUGGGGAGCCGUGUCCAGCUCUGGAGGAGAAGGCUGGCUGCCUGGAAUACCUGACUUACCAGGGGGAGGACUGCGGCCAUGAACAUGUCCCUGCUUUCAUAACUACCUCUGAAUACGGUAAAGAAAGAAAAAGACGAGCAGCAUCUUCCUUCCAGCCUUCAGACAAAGAAGCAGCAGGAUACUGCGUGGAGUUCAGGACGGAGUCUCUUUCCCCGCACUGCGCUUUGGAGACGCGUCCGUUCGCGCGCUGGAUGCAGUACCUGCGCGAGGGACACACCGUGUGUGUCACCUGCCAGCCACCAGCCAUGAGCACGGCCACGCGGCGCUGCUCCGGAGACGGCCACAACGCACACGGAGAUAAAAUCUUACACUGGGAAGCAAUUGGCAACUCUCAGUGCCAAGGAACCUGGAAGAAGAUCCGGCAACUGGAACACUGUUCCUGUCCCCUGGUGCAUAGUUUUAUUUUUACAUAAAAGUUUAAAAGACCUUUAAAAUUGCAACAGAAAGACUAAGAAAAUUAACACCAAUGCCAAGAAACCUAUAUAUUUCUGCUGCAUUUUCUGGAGCCUUAACAAAUUUUAAAUGAGUCAGGACUUUGUCAGAAUCAUUUCAGGAAAUUCUCUCUGCCUUAAUGCAAAAUGCUAAGACUGACCUCUGUAUUAGAACAGUAGAAGCAUGUUACCAUGUUUCUCAUUUCUAAUUAAAGAGCUAAUGUUUCUAACCAUAGCAGUUGCUUUCCUUAAGUUCUCCAGCUUUACUGGCCCUAGCCCCAUCUCCAGGCAAUGCUCCUACUCAGUAGUGCACCAGCCAAAUAUUUUCAAAUCUGAGAAUAGUCACUGUCAACAUUUAAGAGCAAGGGUGAAUAAAAAUCAAGUUUUUGAAAGCUAAAACUGAUUUCAGUUUAGGUACUUUGUUCCUCUCCAGUAUCAUCUAGGCAAUUUUUUACACUAUAAUUGUGUAAACAUUCUUCCUCUACACUGCAGUUUUCACAUUCAGCCACCUUUAUGAAGACAUAGCCCUAGUCAGCAUUGUUAAGGAAUUGGUCUCCUCAGAACUUCAUAUUAGUAAUACACAGUGUAACUUUUCUGGCAGAUGAACCUAGACGAGUCUUUUGUAACUAAGGCCUUGGCUAAGAGUAAAAAAAUUUCUAGUUAAAAUUGCUCAUCUACAAGGAUUAGUAUAGGAACCUGCAACAUCUGAGCGCUGGCAAGAGUGCUGUGCAGGUUGAGAAAAUUUCCUGUUAAGACAGUCAGCAUUUCCAUGCAACAUAAAGGCUUCCUGGAAGAAGCCAUUGAGUCUCUUGGCAAGAAUGAGGAAGGUGAUCUGCUUGAGGUUCUGUUCACAAUAAGAAUGUGUUGUGAAACUAGCCUUUGAACUGCAUGUUACCAUUUUAAUGUAAUCAAAGCAAGCCUCCAAAACAGAAAGCAGUGAUUAUCUUAAUACUUUCUGAACAUUUCAGACUUCACAACUAUAUGUUUUCCUUUUUAAUGGGGAAAAUUAUCUCUCAGAGCUUUGUUUUAAUGACCAAUUCAGACAGGUGCUUUUUCUUAUAACGUUCUUGGAAAAUAAAACCCCUAGCCAAGAAAAAAGGUACAGGAAACAUUUGAAUUCAAGAGAUUUCACUUUUAAAAGAAUGUUGUAUUAUGUUAGUUCAAGUCACUAGAUUCACACCUGUAUGACAGUGGAAAGCAUGAAUUUUCUGAGAUUGUGGAAAUCUCUUCCAAAUGAUCUGAAUCCAGAGAUACAGACUAGUGCCAUCAUCCAUCUGUUCCACUCUCCCUUGAGCAGCAGAGUUGCAGUAGCCAGCAGAAACCUUGAUAGUGACCCCCAUUAAAGUGUAUCUUUGCUGUCACUGACAGUGUAGACUCGUUAUUGAGACCCACGUCAGCCAUGUGUUUUUGAGCUUUCCCUUUCCUGCUGGUCUGGAAGAAGUCACUUGUCAAGACAAGGUAGGUGGCGCAAGCUAACCAAGAGAUGCUAAGUGCUAGUACAAUAGUGUUCCUUUCCAUGUAAAAAAAUAACCAGUCCCUUUGUUACUUAAAAAUACAACAUUAUAUGAAUUUGCACUUUUUAACUGCAGAAAAAACCCCAACAAAUCAUCUCAUAAAAUUAGCAAUAGUAAUACAUACGUAUUUUUUGUAAAACUUACAGAAAUGUCAAGUCUGAUCGUAAUUUCAAAGUGAAGCAAAACAAAUUAGAAUGGGUUAUAUGGCAGGAAGUAAAAUAAUGAAAAGGUCAAUCUAAAAAGAGGUACAGCCCUUGAAAAAUACAGAACACUUGACUUUUUAUUAGCCUCCAUCAAACUAAAGAUGUUGCUAGUCAGAUCUAAUACCCCUAUUUACAUAACAGACAUUUCUUCAAUCACUGCAAACAUUUUCACAUUUCAGAAUCUAGGUUAUCUGUUAUUGCAUGUAGCAAAAAAGGCCAGACUUUACAUUUAAGUCAUCAUUAGCAGAGCAGGUGAGCUUACAUUAAUGUUUUAUACUUAUUAUUAUUCUGUUUCAUGUUUUAGGACAGCAACAGUUGCUGGACACUCUGAGACUAAAAUAAGAUGUUAUUCUGAAAAGCUACAGUAGGUCCUCAUGUAGGGAAAGGUCAAGAAGAGUUGGUUUCUGUAGUCAAAUCAGCUUUGUUUGAUCUUACUCAAUGUUCU